AUGGUUUUUGGAAAGUACGAUGCAGUAUACUGUAGCGACGGUUGGACUUACUUGACACCAGUUAGUGAUGAGUUUUGGAUGUUUGGUGGGCAAGAGUUUUACUUUUACAACUUUGGAAGGACAAUAAAUUAUAGAGUAAGUGUACUAUUGUAAACUACUCAAAAAUACAAAAAAAUUGAUUUUGCCAAUAGCUGUUUUGAAGGUAACACAUAACACUUGAGCUUGUUACUGAUCUGUACAGCAAUAUUCUCUAGUGUCAGGAAUCUUUUUCCUUCACGACUCGGCAGCGCGAAAAAAAUUUAAAAUGGAAAACCAGAUUAGUUCUUGAAAAUUUGUCUAAUCAGUCAAAAUUUGGGAGUGUUUAACAGUUAGGGUUGGUAACUAAAAAGUAGCACCUAUACAAAGACUAACUCAUGGUACGUUUCAGGUAAUGUUUUCCGAAGCCUCCGGUACAGCCAUAUCUGCAAAGUAUAUCCAAAAACUUAACGAAACCGGCAAUUUAGAACAAUACAGAGAAGAAAAAGAAAAAAGUUUUUAUUAUCUGCAUAUCGCGACAAACAAAGUGUACGAAUGGACCAUUGAUAACAGUCGUGUUUCCUAUAACUCAUCAAGGAUUGGACUAGAAUAUAUGCAAGUUUCUGCAAUACAACCCAAUCCAGAUAAUCUAGAAUUUGUCUUGGGUAGUGACAUUUUUAAAAGUUACUGUGUAGCUUUUGACUAUGAAAAACAACGAAUUGCUUUGGCCAAAUGUAAUCAUAAGUUUUGUAUGAAUAACUCGUAA